AUGGACUCCGAGGGUCCCCUUGCUACAGGUCCCCCAGCAGCAGAAUCACAUCGUCGCAAGCCUUCAGGAGCUUCCUUUCCACAGCCGCCCUCGUUGCAAUUCAGCUCUCUGCCAUCGCAGCGCUCCGAUUCAGAUUCCUCGGGGCUCCAACUCAGCUCUGGUCCGUCGAGUCCGUCACUCGCGCGAGUCCCUCCGCGUCACUCGACUUCCCAGAAAGAAGACCUUUCCCCAUCCACAUCAUUAUGUGCACGGUCUUCUGUCGAGACCUACUCAUCGUUGGCUUCGGUACAAGAUCUCGCGGAUUCUGAUUCUCAGGACGCGCUUGAUUUUGAAGAUGUAGACAUACCCGAGCUCCCCCCAUAUCACCACGACAUAGAAGAGUUCAAUGUUCGCCCUUCGUCGCCAAAUGAAUUCGCUGCGCUGUUCCCCUCUCUGGACCGGUUCUCGAUUCGGCAUGACGACUUCACCUCUGAUGGCAACAUGAACCUCCGCGUUGAGACAAAAAUCACAGGCCGUCACAACGAGACAAUUCAGCUCUUCCAUCUCCGCAUGUACGACUUGAACAAGAGAGAUUUCUCGCUGCGGCGGUAUUGUCGCAGCUCGGGACGUGAAGUAUGCAAUUCUAAACGGAGAUACCUCGACACAACAAACACAAGCCGGCCAACACUACAGCGAUCAAUGUCCAAUGCUUUCUCAAGUCUUGCAGGCCGCCCUAGAGCUAGGCGACAGUCCACAGCCGCUUCCAUUCGCUCAACCAAAUCAACGAAGAGCCGACCUGGGACUGGCUACUCUACCUCGGGCAGUCUUGGGAGUGGAUUUGUUGACGUCUUCGAUGAAGAUUUGAGUGUGGAGAAAAAGCCAAAUGCUCGCAUGCAGCCCACAAACACAAUCAAGCUCGAAUUUUCCAACUACGCCCGCGUCGAUCUUGAGCGAGUUGGCUCCCGAACCUCUAGCAAAUGGCAAUACGAGUGGUGGGGUGUUAAAUAUGCCUGGAAACGAGUCGUAGACAAGCACACCAACGCUGUAUCAUUCCAUCUGGUUCGAAACGGCAACAAGGCCGCGCCCAUUGCACACAUAGUUGCAGAGACUCGUGCUCCGAAUCAAGUCAUGGUGGAUGAGUAUGCUGGUGGCUGGGUCCCUCCUUGCCACAUGUGGAUCAGUGACCCAAGCAUUGUCGAUGCAGCAACUGAUGUAGCAGAUGUCAUUGUAUCGACGGGUCUGCUCGCACUAGUCGAUGAUUGUAUUAGAAAUCGCUGGCAGAGCAAGAAGCCUAGUCACUUCGAUCUGCCGCACGCUGGCAAUACUCGCUCCUUUGUACAAAAUCUCUUUAGUCGCCGUCCUUCAGAGACUCCCCCGAGUCCGUUGCGUUUCCAGCGCGCAACUGCGGCGCCGUAA